GUGCGCUAUGUACGUGGCCUUUAGUCGCCUCGACAGUCGAGAAGAAACCGUGUUGCGCGCAAUCUCAGCUAGCUAGUUCGUGCGUGAUCUCGUGAACGGAAUCUGAAUGCAUGGCAAAGAUGCAUCCUGGUACGAGACGACGUUUGAGAUUCUGUUGGAUAACAAUAGCGCUGCUCGUCGGUCUUCUUGUCAAUGCCUCCGGCGGUGUUUGGAAGAGACGAGAGGAUAAGACCAAGUGUCCAAAAGUGAAGGGCAUACGCAACUUUGAUAUAUCCGAGUUUCUCGGAUUGUGGUACAUAGUACAGUACUACGCAAGCUCAGAAGAAGCUCUUGCGUACAGAUGCAUGAGAGCCGAGCUCUCGAUUUCGCCCGAAAAUGCCGAAGUUACUAUGAAUUUCACUUACAGCUUUACUGAUGAUCCCAUUAAUGAGCUACUCGUUGGUAACAUCACAUGGAAAAUUCCUUCACCGGACUUACCUGCUCAUUGGAUACACGCUGAGUUUCCGUAUGAAGGGGUAUACAAUACAUAUGUGUUAGAUUCAGAUUAUAAAUCCUGGGCCUUACUAAUGCAUUGUGCUGAAAAGAGCAAAAGUCCACGAUAUUUAUCUAGCUUGAUUAUGAGUCGCGAAUCGAGCCUUGGGACAAACGUCAUUUCUUAUCUUCGAGAGAAACUGCCUAGAUAUGACAUCGAUUUGGAAUAUAUGUUUCCUAUGGAUCAAACACAGUGCAAUAAAACCGACAGUUUGGAAGAUGUGCUUGUACCAGUGUCGACAUCAACCAAGAGAGACUACGCCAGCAGAAGACAUCCGUUAAGGCGAAAACAUAGACGUCAAUUGCAAAAAAAUAUAGACAAUGUAAAAAAUUGAUACAAAGAACAUAAAUGUAAAUUGUCUUCAAAUUAAACACCUUCAUUACUUUGGGCUAAUUUUAUUAAUUCAA